GUCUCUAAAUGCGAUUUAAAAAUACUGGAUCUGUCUGCAGUCUGACAAGAAGUGCUGCCUGAGAAACCUCACUCUGGGUAAAAUAAACUUCCCUUCUAGCAGGCUGAGUAACCAAGGAGACGGGGGCUGUGGUGCUAGUCGUUGCUAUCCGGUAAGCUAUCCGUUAAACUCAAGAGGAGGCUGUGGAGGACUCAGGGGGCCUCAUGUUUUUGUGUACGGGGUCCUUUGUAACAUGGCAGAGCUGCACAUCAUAGGCCAAAUCGUAGGAGCCAGUGGUUUCCCACAGAACAGCUUAUUUUGUAAAUGGGGAGUUCACACGGGAGGAGCAUGGCGUCUUCUCUCGGGGCUGAAGGAGGGUCAGACCCAGGUGGAUAUUCCCCAAACAGGAGACAUGGCGUACUGGAGUCACCCUAUCGAUGUGCACUACGCGACUAAAGGACUCCAAGGCUGGCCGAAGCUUCACCUCCAGGUUUGGCACCAGGACUCUUUCGGACGCUGCCAGUUGUACGGUUACGGGUACUGCCACGUCCCGUCCAGCCCCGGACAUCACCGGAUAAGCUGUGCGACCUGGAGGCCGCUUGGCUCCUGGCAAGAGCAGUUGUCCCAAAUGUUCGUCGGCGGAGGACCGCAGCUCCGCAGCCCGGACCUGGUGUACAGCGGGGCGGACAGAUACAGGCUGCACACCGAAGCUAUGGGCACCGUGGAGCUGGAGCUCGGCAUCAUUAUGAGACACUUUGACAAAUAUGGCGUCGAGAGUUAACACGGUGGAAUAAAAAUGACUUUAAGAACUUGUGAUGUUAUAUAUUGCAAGCUGAGAUCUUACACGUUUUUACUAACGUUUUGUACUUUUGUAUCAAUUUCCUUUCUUGUUUAGCUGUUUAAGUAACCUUUUGUAAAUAAAGAUAUACUAUCGUAUUAACGAAGGUCUUCUCUUGUUGUGAUGUCCUUUUCAGACCCGUCUAGCCCAAUGUCAACUGAGAUUAGCAGGUGUAGUUAUUGGAUGGAGAAUGAGAGUAAAGCAGCAUUCAGUUAUAUCAUGCAUCCUACAUCCUACUUCAUCCUACAAAUAUUCACUAGACAUUCCCUAAAAAGGUAUUCAAAAUGUUAUAUUGACAUUUUCUGGAUUAAAAGAGGAGAAUACCCAGAUCCCUCCACCCUAC